AUAAUGGUGGAAGUAAGUAGUAUGCGGUUAGCAAUGAAACCUCGAAGUGCUGUGCGACUGCCUUGAAUAAACACAAAUAUGCACAAGUACUUGUGCUAACAACUCCGCUAUCUGUGCGCUAAUCACGUUAUCUGUGACAGUAUGGUUUUAAUUACCCCGUAAUUCGUGAGGACCAUAGAAAAAGUAACAGUUUAGUUAGUGUUUUUUUUUCUAAACAUGUUCCACGAAAAAUUACGCGCCAUUCGACGUUAAGCAGGUAUGAGUAAAAUCACUUCGUUGGAAACAUCAAAUUCGAUCAGUGAUUAUGAAGAUGAAGAGCAAGACACCAUCAGCGUUGCAACUUCGGAGUGUAGCCGGAAUGACCAGGUUAUACUGGCCGAAGACGGUCAGCAGGACCAGCCAAAUUUUGGGAACAUAGCGGUCACGAAUUCCACCGACAUCCACUUUGGUAAUAAGACUUACUAUCAAGGACCAGUAACGAUCAAGCAAGUUCUGUAUGCAAAUUCCAAAAACUCGGACAGUGAUGGUGAAACGGCGGUCAAUUCUAAUUUCGCGAGUGAUAAUCCCGGAUUUGUACCAGAUCAGUUUGCGGCGAAAGUUAAGGUUGAUGGUAGUGAUAAGGUUAACGUGACAGAAACUCGACAGCCUAAAGGUACGCGAUGGUUACAACGAUUUUCUCGGCAGCAUGUUUUACUCAUCACGUCUUUGGCGGUGGUACUACUCAUGUCAUUAAUAACAUUGAUGGUUGUCCUAAUGAACCGACAUCAGUCGGCCAACAACGGAUUGCCACCCCAGUACCCCAAGGAUAGCGACGAACAGGAUAGCGGUAUACCUCCAGAUUAUCCCGUAGAUUCCGUUGAAAACUCCACGUUAGCUAGCGAAUUCCGCAUAAUUUCCCGAAAAGAAUGGCUAGCUGAUCCUCCAAAACCAGGAGUUGAAGUACUAAAGAUACCAGUUCCCUAUGUAAUAAUCAUGCAUACUGCCAGUGAGCCCUGUUCAAGUGAAGAGGUUUGUAAAAAAAUGGUCAAGGAUGUGCAGGAAUUUCACGCUGAGGGUAGAGGUUGGAGCGACAUCGGGUAUAGUUUUCUGGUAGGAGGGGAUGGGAACGCUUACGAAGGAAGAGGAUGGUAUAACGUAGGUGCACAAGUGUACGGUUACAAUAGUGCGUGUAUAGGAAUCGCCUUUAUUGGAAUUUUCGGUCAGGUGUUGCCUCCGCUUCGACAACUAAACGCGGCUCGGGAACUUAUUAGGAUAGGCCUAGACUUGAAGGUUAUAUCCCCCAAUUACAAGCUUCUCACUGCGAGACAAUUGCAAACGACCCAAAGCCCAGGGGAAGCUUUAUAUAAACUGGUUAAGACCUGGGACCAUUGGUCCCCCACGCCCUAGUGCUUUUCAAACCAGAAUUGAAUCAGAGGGUUCCGUAUUCGCGCUAAUCUUAGUAACAGCUGAUACGAAUUUUGCUUUUGUUUUUAGAUCCAUCUGUGAACGUAACGCUCCCUCCAAAACUAAAGGUUAUUCCACGAUCGGAGUGGCUCGCACAGCCGCCCAUUGAACAACUUAGCAAUCUGGUACAGCCUAUCCCUUACGUUGUGAUAU